UGGACGGGUCUCCUUGUCGUCUGUCUGCAGCUUCAAACACAAACUCUAAAAUAAGCUGCGGAGGAACGGAGUGUGUGUGAGUGUGUGUGAGUGUGUGUGAGUGUGUGUGUGCUGAAGGGCAGCAGAGAGCAAACACACAAACCGGAGCUGAGCUGAAUGUUAAGGAGGUUUGUGACAUCAGAGGAGAAGCUGAAGGUCCUCGUCGUCCUCGCGGCCGCCGACAUGUCUGCGUUCAGAGCCGCGGCCGUCCUGCUGCCGCUGAGCUGCUGCGUCCUCGUCGCCCACGUCGUCCCGCCCUGCAGAGGUCAAGGAAGUGACUGCGUCUGUAACGUCACCAACAGCCACUGCGACGAGCUGGGAGUCUGCAGGUGUGACCCCGGCUGGGACGGCGAGCGCUGCGAGCGCUGCGUGCCGAUGCCGGGCUGCUUGCACGGUUCCUGUCAGCAGCCGUGGCAGUGCAGCUGUGAGCCGGGCUGGGGCGGGCGCUUCUGUGACAAAGACCUGUUCGUGUGCUCGGAACAGCAGCCGUGUCAGAACGGGGCUACCUGUGUGAUGGAGGACAGCGGUGAAUACACCUGUCUGUGUCCUGGAGGGUUCCACGGCAGAAACUGUCAUCUGAAGACUGGACCGUGUCAGCAGAGGAGGUCUCCGUGUAAAAAUGGCGGUCUUUGUGAGGAUGCUGACGGCUUCGCGCCGGAGUUGACGUGUCGCUGCCUGGCCGGCUUCACGGGGCUGCGCUGUGAGACCGACGUGGACGACUGUCUGAUGAGGCCUUGUGCCAAUGGCGCGACCUGCCUGGACGGCGUCAACCGCUUCUCGUGCCUCUGCCCCGCCGGCUUUACCGGACGCUUCUGCACCGUCAACCUGGACGACUGUGUCAGCCGGCCCUGCCUCAACGCCGGCCGCUGCCUCGACCGCGCCGGAGGCUUCCACUGCGUCUGCCGGCCCGGCUACACCGGAGCCACCUGCGAGACCACACUGAGGAGCCACGACGACCACAAGCCCGGCUGGAACACGCUGGGCUGGGAGGGAGGAGGGGGCGGGCUCGGACCUCGCCUGACCACUGGGGGGAAGAACCAGAGGAGCGGCACCACCAGUGGCGGUAACAGCAGUCGUCAAGGCGACAGGCUGCUGAAGGUGACGGUGAGCGAGCGCGGUGCCGCCGGCCUGUCGGAGGUCCAGCUCAUCAUCCUGCUGGUGCUGGCCGGGAUGACGCUGGGCGUGGUGGCGCUGACCGCCACUUUCGUGCUGCGGGGUCACUGCAGGGACCGCGGCCACGCCCUCUGCUGGCGGAUGACAUCAUCAUCAUCAUCACAGCGGCGAGGACAGAAGAGCGGCCAGCGAGGGCGGCCAGACGAGCAGGAGUGUCAAAUCAGCUUCCUGAACGUAGAACCAGAGAAGAAGAAACUGAACACUGAGGUCAUAUAGAUAUAGAUUUAUACUGAGAGAGGAAAGGACGUGCUCUCUCACCCCACACUGAGGUCAGAGGUCAGAGGUCGACUCUGACAGCUUCCCUGACUCAUGUUCAGGUCUGAACUGGGAUCAGUUCAUCGGGAUGUGGUCUGAUUCUUCCAGCAUGCACCUGCUGUUAACAUGCAAAUGAGCUGUGAUGUCAUCACUUGUACUUACGUCUACAGAUUGAUCAUGUGACUGAAUGUGACUGAUUCAGGUGUGUUAUGCGAGCAGCAGCUAAUGUAGCCUGCAGCGUGAUGAGCAGCAGCUGCUCAGGUCUGGUCAGCUUCCUCUGUCUGACUCCACAUUUCAAACUUCAAUCACCACAGACAUCACACGGCUCCCUCUGAGACACUGAAGGCUCUGCUAAGCAUAAGCAUAUACACCACCUGGAGACACCUGGAGACAAAUGGAGACACCUGGAAACAACUGGAAACACCUGGAGACAACUGGAAACACCUGGAGACAGUAGAGACACCUGGAGACAGUAGAGACACUUGGAAACACCUGGAGACAGUGGAGACACCUGGAAACACCUGGAGACACCUGGAAACACCUGAAGACACCUGGAAACACCUGGAGACAGGAGAGACACUUGGAAAUACCUGGAGAUAGUAGAGACACCUGGAAACACUGGAGUCACCUGGAAACACCUGGGAGACACCUGGAAACUCUGGAGAUACCUUGAAACACCUGGACGCAGUGGAGACACCUGGAGACACUGCAGUUCGAGUUAAAGUGACAAACAUGAGGCUGAUCCAGGUUUCUGUAGAAACGCUGCACAGAUCAGAUUGGGAUCACUAACACAUGAUGAGACGUACACAACUCUUAUUUCUUUAAAAUCAAACUUGUAAAGUUUACAAACAAAAAUGAGUAAAAUGAGUUUUUACUCAAUAAAUUGUGUGAAGUUCAAGUCGACAAUGAUUUUAAGCAAUAAAGCUGAACGGCUCAGAGCGAAGGACGAGUCCGGUGGACAGAGCCAGGCUCGCUGUUUCCAGUCUCUGCUUUCUGUUUCCGUAGAAGACGUCAGAAGACGUUUCUGUCUCUUGUUGUAAACUAUGUUAGAAAAGCUCAGACGAGGACAUUUUGUCUCUUGUGCAGGAAAUGAAUGUGCGGCGUCGUGGCAGCGGGCACCUGUGAGCAACGUCACCUGGUUUCACCUGGUUCACGUCUCCUCGGCAGGACUGAUUCGACUGAUGUGCGACCCAGCUGAGUCAGAGCUGAGCUGCUGUGUACUCUUAAUGUGGCGGGUCACGACUCCUGCUCACUUCCUCUGACUUUAAAUUUUGGAAGCAUAUUACUGCCAGAAAAAGAGAACAGAGGUGACUUCCUGCCUCAUUCUUCUCUCUUUUAGGUACUUGAUACUGUUUUCUUCACACUUUCAGUAUGUGACUUAUAUUUAUGAUAAUAUAUAUAAUUCUGGCUUUCUAACUUCUCAUUUUGAACAAAUACUGACCAUUUGUAAAAAUUAUGAGCUAUAAAUCAAACAUUUAGACUUUUCUUGUGCAGUAAACAGCUGAAAUGUCAUCUGAGAGCCAACACGUGUUUUCCUCUGUGUGCUCUUCGUUUUAAUGUGGUGAUAAAGAUUUAAUUUAUUGCUGUAAUUUAUCCGUGAAGUGUGUGUGUGUGAUGUUCUGGGCUGAAAGUGGGACGUUUUGAUAACAAACUGUGUGCAAUAAAGUUGUGAAUGAUGAGCUGUGAAAGCCGUCAGCUGGUGCUUUUAUUUUCAGGCGGACGGCAGCUGACACGUAAAGCAGGAGAUCAGAAAAUCAGCUCGUCCUCCUGAUUUAAUGCCCUGACGAAAAGACACGACCAGUGGUUUUAAAGCUGAUUCUCACAUUUUUCUACACAAAAAAUUUGACUGUUUUCAUGUUAAAAACAACAACAAAUGAUAU